AGCGUUCAACAAAUCCUGCACAUGCUGUAGUGUUUACGCAGAAAAUAAUGUUGAAUUAUAAAUAACGUCAUGCGAUAUAUUAUGAACUUUGCUUGUUUUCAUUAAAUAAUAACACAGUCGGAGCGCAAAACAAACUUUUAGUUUGCCAGGAAAUGAAAGGUUUUGUGACCGCAGUUGUGUGACGGCUGCGCACUUUCGCUUUCGCUUAACCUCGCGUGUAGGUUUGUUUGAAUCUACAACAGUUUCAUUGUAAUAUUUUGUCCGCUGAACUCAAUCUAAAGUUGAAAGUUACAUUUUGUGAUUUUUGUAUUUGUGAGCAGCGCACAUUUGUGCCAUUAAUAAUCAACUUACAGAUGCAGAUCUACAGCAGUUACAGUCAGAUAUCCAACUGCUUUAACCACCGGCAAACAUUUUAAAGAUGUUCUUCAGAAGUCGCAUUUUAAUCUGCAUUAGAUUUGUCAUUUUAUUAUCUGGUCUUUUUGUUGGCAACCAUGGACAAACACCUGUCAACACGGACACAAACGUGUUGCCUUUCCCCUGGAACAAGAUGAGACUUCCAGACACUGUGAAGCCCCAACAUUAUGAUCUCCUGAUCAAGCCCAACCUGACCUCUCUGACCUUCAGUGGAUCUGUUGAGAUCCUCCUGGAGGUAGAAGACGACACCAGAGCGAUCAUCCUCCACAGCAAGAACCUCCAGAUCUCCAGAGCUUUGCUUUUGGGCACCAGACCUCCUUUGGAUCUUCAAGUCACUGAGUUUAAACCUCAUGACCAGAUAGCCCUCUUCUCUGAUCACUUCACAUUUACAAGAGGAAGACAUGUCGUACGGCUGGAGUUUUCGGCCAACUUGUCUGACAAUUUUCAUGGGUUUUAUAAAGGCACAUACACCACAAGCAGUGGAGAGGUCAGGAACUUGGCAUCUACUCAGUUUGAAGCGACGUACGCCCGAUUAGCCUUCCCUUGUUUUGAUGAACCUGCAUUUAAAGCCAACUUUACCAUCCGUGUACAAAGAGAGUCGAGACACAUUUCCAUAUCCAACAUGCCCAAGUUGAGAUCUGUAGAUCUAGGUGAUGGACUCUUUGAAGAUCAGUUUGACACAAGUGUGAAGAUGAGCACCUAUCUGGUGGCCUUCAUCGUCUGCGACUUCCCUUCCAUCAGUAAGAAAAGCCAGCAUGGAGUCGAGAUAUCAGUGUAUACUGUUCCUGAGAAGAUCAGUCAAGCAGAAUAUGCUCUCAACACCGCCGUCACACUGCUGGACUUUUAUGAUGAUUAUUUUGAUAUCCCAUAUCCACUUCCCAAACACGAUCUCGCUGCAAUCCCAGAUUUUCAAUCUGGCGCAAUGGAAAAUUGGGGCCUGUCAACGUACAGAGAGUCUGGUCUGCUGUUUGACCCUGAGAAAUCUUCAUCCUCUGACAAACAAGGCAUCACUAAAGUUAUCGCCCAUGAACUUGCCCACCAGUGGUUUGGGAAUCUGGUGACUAUGCAGUGGUGGAACGACCUGUGGUUAAACGAAGGCUUCGCCAAGUUCAUGGAGUUUGUGUCGGUCAACAUCACCCAUCCUGAACUGCAAGUGGAUGAUUAUUUCCUAGAGAAGUGCUUUACUGCGAUGUCCGUGGACUCUUUAAGCUCCUCUCACCCCAUCUCAACCCCGGUGGAGAAUCCUGCUCAGAUCAGUGAGAUGUUCGAUGACGUCUCCUAUCAGAAGGGAGCGUGUAUUUUAAACAUGCUGAGGGAUUUCUUGACCCCAGAAGCGUUCAAGUACGGUAUUAUACUCUACCUGAAGAAACACAGCUAUCAGAACACUGCCAACGCUCACCUUUGGGAAAGUCUUACUAAUAUCUGCACUUCUGGAUCCGAUUCAGGAAGAUUAAAACUUGAUGGAUUCUGUUCCAAAAAAAGGCCUGAAACUCCAGAGUCUCAGAAGUGGUUUAUGGAGGACAGCGUUGAUGUGCGAGCCAUUAUGGACACAUGGACGCUACAGGAAGGCUUUCCUUUGAUUACUGUGGAGGUCAAAGGUCGAGAAGUCUUACUUAAACAGGAGCGCUUUCUUAAAGGGGCAGACUCUUCAAAGAGUUCACAAAAGGUCCUGUGGCAGGUUCCUUUGACCUACAUCACCAGCCAAAGUCAUGAAGUCCAGCGUUUUCUCCUGAAAACUGAAAGAGAUGUGUUACACCUGCCUGAGGAGGUAAAAUGGGUCAAAUUUAAUGUGGACCUGCGAGGGUUUUACGUUGUGCAUUACGAGUCGGGCGGCUGGGACGCUUUGAUCAAACAACUUCAGGACGACCACACUGUGUUCAGCAGCAAUGACAGAGCCAGUCUCAUUCAUGACAUCUUUCAGCUGGUCAGUAUUGAGAAGGUUCGUCUGGAUGAAGCUCUGAAUCUGAGCGUGUAUCUCAGUGGAGAGUCAGAGAUCAUGCCGGUAACUCAGGGCUUCAGUGAGCUCGUGCCGCUUUACAAACUCAUGGAGAAGAGAAACAUGGAGGAACUGGAGAACCAGCUAAAGGGUCAUUUAGUACAAUUAUUCAAAAGCUUGAUCGACAAACAGAGCUGGACCGAUGAAGGUUCUGUAUCAGAGCGAGUACUCAGAAACUAUCUGCUGCUGUUUGCCUGCGUGCGGCGUUACCCAUCAUGCAUCAGCACUGCCACAGAUCUAUUUCAGAGGUGGAGGGAAUCUGAUGGAAAAAUGUGGCUGCCUGUUGAUGUUCGUUUGGUGGUGUUUACUGAAGGAGCUCGCACAGAUGAAGGAUGGGACUUUCUGCUGGAGAAAUAUUUGCGUUCGGCUUCGCCUUCGGAAAAGAGUCUGAUCAAAGCGGCUCUGACGUACAGUCCUCUAACGCACAAACUUCAGUGGCUGCUGGACAGAAGCAUUGACGGAAAUAUACUGAAAACUCAUGAGCUUCCUUCGCUCAUUAUCAGUGUUAGUAAAAACCAAAAAGGAUACAAACUUGCGUGGGAGUUUCUGAAGGCCAACUGGGGGAAGCUGGUGAAAAAGUUUGAUCUUGGUUCAUCUGCAAUAUCUCGCAUGGCUGUCGGAGUAACCAAUCAGUAUUCCACCAGAGAAAUGCUCGAAGAGAUUCAGUCUUUCUUCAGCUCACUUACACCAGAACAGGGGUCUGAACUUCGCAGCAUUCAGCAGGCCCUACAGAAGAUCCAGGAGAACAUUCGCUGGAUGGACAAGAACGUCCCACUGCUGAAAGUCUGGUUAGACGCACACAGUUCAUGAAGCCGAUGACCCCAGAGAGACUUUCUGAAAGUGAUUUGACACUGGUUUAACUUCAGUGUGUCUUUUUACAAAAGGUGUUUGACAUUGAAGGUUUAUUUGUACGUUUAAAACGGUUCAUGGUCAAUAUUAACACCUCAUUUGACAUUAAACACAUUUUAUUGAUUUUAAAAACUUGCAGAGCCAAUUGUGUGAAUUAGUGAAUAAUAAAAAAAACUAUGGCUUUGUCCAAAUACCCACAUUGCGGUCUUUGCACCCGUCCGCUUGACUACUUACAUUACAUGACCUGUAAUUUGACGUAAGGGUCCCAAGUGUGCAUGUAAAAUUACACAAGUGCACAAAUGAAAUGUGGUGCAACACUUUUUGUUUUACUACCAAAAUAUGUAAUACCCAUUUAUUAACUUACAUUUAUUUCCAUGACAUCUCGCAAGGUCUGUCCAAAAGUCUCAGUUUACAUCCUGUGGCCGGUUGCAUAAACAUAGCCGUGACAAUAAGACUGUGUCUUAAGAAUGAUUCUGACUAACUAGCAAUUAGUUAGGGCUAAUCAGUCUUAUAAUUUAGAUUUAAAUUAGACCAAUCUAUCUUUCUAUGUAACAUACUUGAAACAGUUAUGAUCAGUCUUGAAGAAAAAAAUUCAUGACUAACUUUUAAGACUAGUCUUAAAGUUUUAUGCAACCGGCCACAGAAGAUGCAUGAUGGGUUAUGCUUAGCCUAGAGAUGCACACUAAACCCACACUUUGGCAUUUAAGAUAUGAAACAGUCUUGCACAUUUACUUCCCGUCUCGUGCACGCUCUCUGAAGUGGCCAAGAUCGCAAGUGUGAGUAUUUAAACAAAGCCUGUUUCUUUCUUGUUGUGCAAAAAGAAAAUCUUCAUUCAAUAUUUUUCUACUGACUACCAACUUUUUACCCCUCCAACAUCCCGGUGCUUUUCUGAUAUAAAACACUUUACUGUUCACAAUUCACUUAAACCCCCAUGAAUAUGAUUGUGUGUUAAUAAAAGUUGAAUAAAGUUGGACUUUUAACAAAUGCAGUGCUAUAUUCAUUAUGGCUUUAAACAUUUUAUUCAUUUAUAGUUUUAAAAACAAUGAAAAAUGUUAGACAUUAAAUAAUUAUAUUUACAUAUCGGUGUGUAAAAAGUUACUUAAAAUGGCAAAAGUACAGCUUAAAAGGACAUACGGUUAGUUUUGUUUAGUAGCCUUUAACUAGCUAUCAAUCACAGUCUUGAUAAAGAACAAACAUGUUUGUCAAGAGUUACAAAACACCCACCACAUAAAAUAAUUUGAUAAAAAUACAUUUUUGUACUAAAACGCCACGUUUCUGUUAAAUCUACUUAAAAA